ACCACCCCAAAGCCAUCUGUGCUCGUCAUCACGAUCCUGGCGUUCAGAGGCCUCGGGACUUGAACGCGAUCGAGGUUAUCUCAGCAACCUCUUCUACCCUGCUCCUCCCCCCUCCGGCCCCCGCAUAUCGGUUGCGCCCUCGUCGAUAUCUUCGUCGCCGAGUCUCUUUCUUGUCUUGCCGGCUCCGACCUUGUCUCCGGCUUCGCCUCGGCGCACAUCUCUCACCAUGGCCUCCUCAGCCGCAUUGGACCCCAUAAAGGCGGUCCUCUUCUCCAACCCAAUCGCAAAUGUGUUAGGAGAUGCUCUCAAUUCCUUCAGCGAGCGGAGGGCGAAGCUCGGCCUGUCCAACCCCGGAACCAUUGAGAACCUCGCCAAAGAGGUUCAGCGCGAUGUCUUCCUCAACAACUACAUGUUCACCGGCAUCCGCGCCGACCUGACCAAGAUCUUCAGCAUGGCUCCCCUCUUCCAGGUCUCGCACCAAUUUGCCCUGGGCGAGCGCAUCAACCCUUACACCUUUGCCGCCAUGUACGGCACAGGCAAGGUCUUCUGCCAAGGAAACCUCGACAACGAGGGCGCUCUCUCCGGGCGAUUCAACUGGCGAUGGUCCGACAAGCUUGUCUCCAAGUCUCAGCUCUCCAUCUCGCCUGGUGGUCAGGAUAUGGCGCAGUUCGAGCACGAGUACACCGGCAACGACUUUAGCGCAUCCCUCAAGAUGCUCAACCCCUCCUACCUCGAGGGCGGACUUACUGGUAUCUUCAUUGGUAGCUACCUCCAGUCCGUCACCCCCAAGCUCGCUCUUGGUCUCGAGACUCUCUGGCAGCGACCUGCCCUCACCCAGGGCCCCGAGUGCGCUGUUUCGUACGCUGCCCGCUACAAGUCUAACGAUUGGAUUGCCACCGCUCAGCUCCAGGCUGCCAUGGGAACUCUCAAUACCUCUUACUGGCGACGACUCUCCGACAAGGUCCAGGCUGGUGUUGAUCUGAGCCUCGGCCUCGUCCCCUCUCCCGGCGGCAUGAUGGGUGGCGGUCUGCAGAAGGAGGGCGUCACCACCAUUGGCGCCAAGUACGACUUCCGCAUGUCUACUUUCCGAGCUCAGGUCGACUCCAAGGGCAAGCUUAGCUGCGUUCUUGAGAAGCGUGUUGCCCCCCCUGUUAUGAUGACCUUUGCCGCCGACAUUGACCACUUUACGCGCCAAGCCAAGAUUGGACUGGGUGUCUCUAUCGAGGCUGCUCCCGAGGAGCUUCAAGAACAGCAGGAGGCCCUUGGAUCUCAGCCUCCUCCCAACAUCCCCUUUUAAGCUCUGGGAUACGAAAGGCACUCCCAAUGACACCAGCUACGACUCGCUCUCAUCCGGUGGAAUAAUCUAAUGUAGCCCACCGUUGACCGGCCCAGGAAAACGCCACGACCCCUCUCCCCCCCGAUCCACCACCCCCCUUGAUGUAUUAGUCGUCCUUUCCGCCUCCGAUGAUGCCGUGGUUUCUCGUCUCCCAGGGGGGAUCUCUUGCAUAUACAUCUCGUCUGAUCCUCUGGAGCAGCUUGUUCCAAACUCCCCUGGGGAUACGGGAUCCCGGGCAUCUGUGUAUAUUAUUGUCGUGUGUGUUCUGCGUCGGUCAUUUGUUUCUGCGACGCACAGCAGAGGGCGAGGAAACAAAGCUGGGGAAUCCUCACUUGUUCUUGAUAUUUUUUAAAAUGUUUGACUGAAUACUCAGCCCCCCUUGGCGCACAUCGAGGUGGUGGGUUUUCAAGUUAAACUGUUGAUGAUGAUGGAUGGGGCAUCUACCCACGGGGAGGGCUGUUGGGAAACGGCCUCCCUGUUCAUGUAACUAUGUAUAAGGAAAUAGACAAACGUGAUGCU